GAAAUACGAAACACAACAUACGCAAUGGCUCUUCUAUCAGCAGAGCACUUGGCUGGGCCAGGCUACAUUAUCCUUAACGUCCUUCGCGCCCUGAACAUCAUUGCUCUCUCUUCGGUGGUUGCGAGCAGCGUUGUAAUGCUUGUCAAGACAUUCGUCGUCUCCAAGUUCUUCUUCUUCGAUGCUACGAGCCACGUCAUUACCGCCCUUGCCGGGCUUUUCUUCAUCGUCUCGGAAUGCUCGCUCUUUCGAAACUUUUACGCGCGCAACUGGCCGCUGCUUAGCCCCUCGCACGGCUUCGUCACUCUAGGCUGUGCCAUGAUGGUGAUUGGACUCAACUUGCUCGGUAACAUGAACAAGGAGGCUACAAGCCAAAAGUCGCUCACUAUGCCAUUCUGGCGUCUACUCGUUGCUUCGGGUAUCCUCGCCUUUGUCAUUGGCUUCUUCAACGUGGUGGCUAGCUUCAUCUUCCGCGACAAGGCCCGCAACAUCACUGCGCGCAUGGUACGCUCCCGAGGCGCCAUGACGCUCCAUGAAGACCUCGAGACGCAGUCUCAGCAUACAGGAUCUUACUACGACCCUAAACACAAGGCCUUCACCAUCAGCACACACCACACCGGUAGCACGUCGUCGCGCAACAACAUGCACGGCAACACGCCCCCAAUGCGCAUGGGCACCCCGCCCGUCGACUGCGGCUCGCCCCAGAUGGCAGCAGCCCACAAGCAAACCGACACAAACCGCCUCUCUCAAUUCGACUUCAACCCCAUCCGCGCCCUGCGAACAGCGCGCCAGUCCUUCCUCCCUUCAUACCACAGCCAAUCCCCCGCCAAAUCCACCUUGUUCCCACGCCGCCCUUGCUCCUCCAUCUACUCGCGCACCACGUCGGGCGAGCCCGCCAAGAAGAAGUUCUGGCAGCGUCAGCGCGAAGAGCAGGAGCACGAGACGGCCCGCAUGCCUGAAAUCAGUUAUCCGCUCAACGUCAACCCGCAGUUUGCUCACCUCGUCAAGCCAAACCUUGCGCACCAUCCUAGCGUCAGGAGGCCAGAGGUCGAUUAUGAUACUGGCAACAAGUUUUAG